UAAUUAUUAUUGUUUCUAAGGGUGUAACGGUUAUUUUCUGCAACGGUAGACAGCAAUAGGUCAUUUAAAUAGUCCGGAGUUAAUAUAUUGUGCAUCUUAUACAAAAGUUGGAGUUUUCUGCGUUUUCUUCGAUUCGAAAGAGUUUCUAGGCCAGAUUCAAAAAGUAAAUAUUCAAUUCUGGCAAAUGAAGGAAGUCCAGUAAUUAAACGAAUAGCUUCUCUUUGGGCUUUCUCUAACAUUUCUGUUUCAUAAGUUGUAAAACCAUCCGACAAUUCACAAUUUCAUAAGUAUAUUCUAAAACUGGUCAAAUAAAGGAUUUAUCAAUCUUUAAAAUAUUAUCUCGAUGCAAUAAGUAUUUGAGUCUACGUAAGGCGUUGACUUUUUUCAUAACUGAAGUAUAUAUUGCACAAAUAUGAUCGUAUAAUACAUGAGUACUGCUGAGUAUAUUAACUAUAACGAUACAGAAUACCUUAGGCUUGUUUGAACUCGAGAUUAAUUCAUCGUAUAUCAGGCUACUGUGCGUUCUUUUUUGUAAACGUUUAGUUUAUUGUUAAUCGUUAAAUAUACAGUAUACAUAGUUAAGAUAUCGAUACAUCUAUGUAUGUUUCAGAAAGAGGCGCACAAGAGAAAGUAAUACGUUAUUUUGAUUUUCAAUGAAAACUAGUCUUUGAGCAAGUCGUAAUUAGACGGAAAAAAAUCUGUCGUUUUGUAAAACUGUAGCAUUUUGUAUAAAGCCUUCUACAUCGUUAAUAGUGGUCAGGCUGUAAAUAUCAACAGAACCACCUGUUAUGAAAGAUUUGAUUAUUUACAUCAUAAUCCGGACAUUGUACAUUGUACUUAGACUAUCCGCUUAUCACACCACUGCGUCCCGACAGUUACUUGUGUGUUGUCUAAUCUGAACCAGUCACCCCAGUGUUUAUCAUCCGUCACAAAUCAGCACACCAACCAGUAUAGUCGAGGUCGACCAUGGGAACAGAAAUAAGAUGUCGAGGAACCAACACAUAGCCAAUAAUAUUGUCAUAACUUGUAUUGUAACCGUGUUGUACAUGUGUUAACAGUCUAUUCAUAUCCAAACUAUUCCUGUGUAACGGUGCGGAAUCGGACAAUGGUUGGAUAUGGGGAGGAAAAAUAGUUUUCAAAUGUAUUACAAAAUAUCAAUACAAUACAGGUACGUAAACUUUGAAAGGUGAACACUUUUACAUCAUGAAGUUGCUCCGGCAUUAUACUUUGGGAAUCCUGUUUGGAUUUAUCCUCAUAUUUGCGAUUUUAUCAUACUGGUGUGUUGGACUAAGGAUCGAUGUAGAGAGAAACAUCAACUACUACCUCUCAAGUAAUGAACACAACGUCAUCAUUAUCAAUCAUGACCUGGAACCCAAACCUAGUCAGGAACCUUUAUUUUUUAUUCCAAAAGAUCAAGACUUGACCCAUAAUCAAGAUCUCAAAAGCCAUCAUGAAAAUGAAGUGCUGGAGAAUCCUUAUCAAAGACAUAAUUUCAACAUGAAAUCGUCUUUCAAUCGGCAUAGCUUUUUGUUUCCUGCGAGAAACUAUUCGAGUAAUAAAACAUGCAAGAAUUGUUUUAACAUAAAUUUUGACUUUCUGAUCGAAAAUGACAUUUGUACAAAUGAUAACUAUACGUUAGUCUAUCUGAUUUUCACUAAAUACAGCAACGUUGCCCAACGAAGAGCUCUCAGAGAAACCUGGCUUUCUGACGUGAAAACAUCAAGUGGCCAGACUUAUGUGUUUGUAACGGGAAAAGGUCCACAAAGUGACAACUUUAAUAUCAAAAACAUGAUUCGUGAGAACAAUGACCAUAAUGAUAUUCUCCUAGUGGAUUUUUUGGAUUCGUAUUUGAAUUUGACAUACAAAAGCAUCAUGGCUUUCAAGUGGGUGACGCGUCGGUGUCCUAACGCCGAGUUCGUGAUGAAAGUGGAUGACGACGUCUGGGUACACAAACCUGAGUUGAUACCGACACUGCGACGGAAGGACUUUUCAUUAGGCGGGUAUUGCAUGUUUAAUUCUAUGCCGUUCAGAGAUAAGAACAGCAAAUACUUUGCAUCAUAUGAAAGUUUUCCGGAACGCGUUUACCCUCCAUUUUGUUCCGGGACUGCCUAUCUCACAAAAAUUGAUGUUAUACAAAAAAUUCUGAAUAUCUCACCAAAUGUUCCGUUCUUCCAUCUAGAGGAUGUUUACAUAGCUCUCUGUCUAAGAGAACUGCGCAUCAGUGUUGCGAACAUCAGGGGAUUCAAUGCCCAUAAACUUAUGACAUCCAGCUGCUUGAACAAAUCUCCAUUCGUUAUAACGAGUCACGGCCUGAAUCCAGAUGAGAUGAGGCAAGUAUGGAGAAGUCAGUGCAACUUCAAGGAGUGGAUGGGAAAGGGAGCAGCGAACAGGAUAAGACAAGCCUACGUUAACAGAGACAGGGAACCAGCUGUAAGGAACUACGUUAGAAUGAAUGCAAACAGCAACAAAAUGAUAAACAGUUUCCACAUUCAAGGUCCCAGACCCAUCAAUUCGAUCAAAAGGCGCAGGGGAAGACAGCGACAGGUGCCCGUGAUGUUUCCUUCAUGAUGAAACUACUUACUCACGUAAUACUGUAUUGUCAAGGUUUCCCGUCUCAAAAUAAUGUUCACCAUCACAAUUUACCACUAGAGGGUAUCGCUUUUGUACUGCCGAGGUGAUGGUAUUCCCGUUAGGAGGGACUUCAAUAUAAAUCUAAAACGUGAUUUCCACCUAAAAAAUAAAUGGUUCUAAUAGCUGUUUGAUUGAAUAUCUUUUAUUCGUAUUUCAAUAGAAGAGGUCUUAAAAGUGCGACAAAAAAAUAUUUGUCAUAAAAAACAACAAAUCAAAAUGGGACCUACAAUAAAAUCACAAUACUAAUACAUUUACUAUGAAACUGAUAAAUAUUAAUGAAACGCAAUAUCCUAUCAAUACACACAUAAAGCAGUCUCUUCAAAACUUAAUAUAGAAUACUGUAUGCUAUUAAAGAUUGAAUAGAUUCACAAGUUACCUGAUUACAUCAUAAUGAUAUUAACCAGAAAUAUAUCCUGGUUGAUGUCCAUAUGGUGACUACUUAGGUGGAAAGAGGGAGUGAAAGAAUUGUUUUUAGUAUUUCAAUUUACUUGAUCCAUUACUAUGUUCUUUUUUGCAGUAUAGUCGUUGUAAGGCGGUCUACUCAUUUGCAAUAAACUUUUAAUGUUCCAAUCACUUCUUGCUGUGUUCUAUUUUAAAUAGCACAAAUCUACACCAAAAAUACAAUAUAAUUUGUCCACAUAUCAAUCCUUAUAAAUGAGUUAAAAUGAAAUUUGAAAAAUCAACUGAUGCUAUAUGGCACAAACAUUAACAGAACAUCAAUGUUUAGUAAGUCCCUCAAUAAAAGUAAACUAGGGAAGUGUUACAAAUCAUAUUUACAUAAAACCUGAUACAAAACAUCUCGGCACACACAGUAGUGUACCUUUCCCCGUUCAAAGUAGAGAAAAUUUAUAAUUUUUACAGGACCAAAAUGACAGGGUUCUCCUAGUUCCAUUAAUGAGAAUGCAUUUUCCUUGCCAAUUGUGACCUUUUCAUUAAGAAUGGCUUAUCGGAAGGCUUCUUUAAAGUCACUCGUAAUAACAAUUGACAAGGGGAAUAACUCCGAUCUCAAGAGACAGUAUUAAAGAGGCCAACAAUGGGUCGUGACCACCAAGGAUUGUUAUUUUCUGUCCCAACUACAUAUUUGUAGAGGACAUUUAUACAGACAUAGAAACAUGUAAAACCAAACAACAACAGAAUUGGAAGGUAUGAUAAAGAGUUCACCUCCAACCAUUCGGCACUCACAUUGUCCAAAUGCAAAAGGAUUUCAAUUAAUGAUUACAAAACAAAAUAAAUGUUGUUCACUUAUCAUACCAACUGAUAUCCAUAUUGCACACAUUGAUUAAAUGUCUUUGAUUAUAACGUAAAUGCACUAUUUCACUUAAGUAGAUAGGUUCAUUUAAAUAUCAUAGGUUCAGAAAAAAAAAUCAAUACAUUCGUAUUUACUUUGUAUUGCUUUCUCCAUCAACUCAUAGAUUUAACAAAAAGUGUCCUCCUUACAGUAUGUUUCUAAUGAUUGCUUUACAAAUACUCUCUAUUUUGUUAACUCUUUAAGCAGAUUCUAUCAUUAAAUACCAUAUAUGCACCAUUUUUUUCAAAAUAUCCUCUAUUCAUAAGAUACCAUUACACCCAAAUACAAAAACAGAUCUAGAAAUUUUAGAUGUUUACACUGGCAGUGUAUUUCAAAGAUAAAUCUAGUUCCAGAUCACAAAAAAAUAUCCACAAGUCAUGUAAAUUACAUACCAGUAUUCACAACAUUCACAUCACAGGACAAAAUCUUAAUUGUUACUCAUGUUACCAGGUCCAUGAUAGGACUCUGUCCGAUGCUUUUUGAAGAUAAUACAAUGAAAUAGGUUCUCAGUAAGUCCUGUUAUAUCAAUAUAAAAACAAUCUUUCUCAUCCAAGCUGUCAUACAUCUCGCAAUGUUCAAUAUUUCUGACUUGAGAAAGCUGUAUUUUUCAAAGGAACCAUGCAGCUUGAACUUGAAAUCAAAGUCAGUUUUAUUAUGAAAUGUUCAGCCUUUAUGACAAAUUCCACCUACAUGACAUGUAAGAAUGUAUGAAAAUUGCAAUUUCAUAAAAGUGGAUUUUCAAGUAAAGUAAUUUCUUAUUUUUAAGUGACAUUAUUAAAAAUUACAAAACAAUGUACUUAAGUGUAAAACAUAAGUUUGUGUGCCAUAGAAAAGAGUUCCUUUUGUUCAGCUUGAGUAUGAGUAUUCUAAAUGAAUCAAUCUGUACAUCAACAUUCUACUUUGAGUAACAAACCUCUGUAAAGAACAGAAAUAAAUACAGAAAUAGUUCAAAGUGAAGAGAGGCUUUUAGCCCAUCUCUUUUACAACAUAUCAACAUACCAAUACACAUAUGGUAUUGAUAAUGACAAAAGCAAUUUACUAAUUAAGUUCUUUCAUAAAACCUUAACAGUAGUGAUAUGUCAUUGUCAGUAAGUCAAAAAACGGUAAAUAAAAUAGGUUAUCUACAAGUCUUCGUUGGACAGACAACUGACCACAUACAGAAAUAAAGAUAUCAUCUUGUCCUAAAAUUUGAGUUCCUGUCUUAACGCAUUAUAAGUCAAAAUAAUUAAGAGAUUAUCUGUUAAGGCACAGAAAUUCUUUGGCAUGAUAACAAACAUACUUUGUCUUAUUAAUCUUUAACAGAAGAAAUCAAACAUGGUCUGAUGAACUUAAUAAUCUAACUAGGUUUACACAUAGAAACGUUACUUGUUGAUAAGGAUACUUUUUUCAUACCAUAACAUUUGAAUGUAUUCCUAAAGUUUUCUUUUCCGAGAUACCAAUAUGGAAAAUGGUAACAUGAAAGAAAUGGUGAAAAAAUACAGUACAAUACCACACUAAAACAGCUUUAGGAGAAAGAGAAAUGAAAUCCAGACAGUGCUUCAAAUCUAACAUACACAGAUGUAACACAACAAAACAUUGUGACACCAGUAUUCUAAAUAAUAAAA